AUGUGGUAUAAGAGAUUAGAACAUUCUUCAAAAAUCAUCAUUCAAAAUCUUGUAAAUGAUGCAACUGGUGUUCAAAUCACUCAUCUAGAAGAUGCUGCAGAUGAGCUUAUCACUGAGCUUUGCAACCUCUGCCAGCUAUCUAAUGUGGAAAAUCAAAUAUCUAGAUAUUCUCAUGUUAGAUCUCAUACACUGUAUUCAAUACCUGAACCUACACCAGAGUCAGCAGACUCUAAUGUUGAUACAGAUUUCAAUAUUGAUAUUAAUACUUAA